AUGGGGUGCAAUAUACAAGGGAUGUGCGUUCAUUCAUUAUCACGUAACCGUUUGGUGAAUCAACAGUGCAGCUCCGCGACAAAGACUCCACGAGAAUGUAACGCAGAUCCGCAAAAUAUCCUAUUGUUAUUUUUCUUAAAGGUGCCAUGUUUUAGGGUUGAGCAGCAGCAACAUAAGUUGAAAAGCAGCGAGCCUCCGUCGCCAGGACUACCAAGGAACGAAAUGUCUUCAAAGCAGAAUCAAGUUAGCACUGUAGUGUUGUAUGGUAUACCUAUAGUAUCAUUAGUGAUUGAGGCGCAGGAGAGAUUAUGCUUGGCCCAAAUAUCUAAUACUCUGUUGAAACAAUUCAGCUACAACGAGAUCCAUAAUCGACGCGUCGCUUUAGGUAUAACCUGUGUGCAAUGUACUCCAGUCCAAUUGGAGAUUUUGCGGAGGGCCGGAGCUAUGCCGGUGUCUUCUAGGAGGUGCGGGAUGAUAACGCGCAGAGAAGCUGAAAGGUUGUGCAAGAGCUUCUUAGGUGACAACGCACCACCUAGAUUGCCCGAUGACUUUGCCUUCUCUGUUCAUCAUGAAUGCGCUUGGGGUUGUCGCGGAUCCUUCCUCCCUUCGCGAUAUAACUCAUCCAGAGCCAAGUGCAUCAAAUGCACAAUCUGCGGUUUGUUCUUUUCCCCGAACAAAUUCAUUUUCCACUCGCAUCGCAUCAGCCCAACGGAUAAAUACGUGCAACCUGAUGCUGCGAACUUCAACUCCUGGAGAAGACACAUGAAGCUCAGCGGAUCUCCUCCGGAAGAGAUCAUCCAUGCCUGGGAGGAUGUGAAAGCGAUGUUCAACGGUGGUACCAGAAAACGUAUGCUUGCCAACUCCGUAGUGCCACGCGCGCCCAAACAACCUAAGGUCCAGGAAACACCAACACCUCAACCAAUAGUACCAGCUCCAAGACUUCCAAACUGUCAAGAGAUUUCUCUACCCAUAUCUCGUGUCGCGAUGGACUUCAUCUACAACAAACCGUUCGCGUUCUCUUCCUACUCCAGUUUUCCGUGGCUCAAAAGGAAUCCGAUACUAUUCCCUCAUGAGAGUCCAUUCUUCCCAGUCGACAAGACCUAUCAGUCGGCUUUCAAGCCUGUCCAGCCGAUAGCAGAAGAGACUGUGCAGAAGGAGGAGCAGAGCGACGACGAAGUAGACAUCGAGACCACCGAUGAGAAGGUGGACAGUCCUCCGCCGCCGCCGCCUUCAACUCAGUGGAUGCCAAAAUCCGAGAAGGUGAGUCCACAGAUAAAUAAUUCAAAUUCAAUUUUGGGAAACGCUGUUAAGUGUGUUUACAUUUAA